CCCCUCGCCUGCCCUGCUCUCUCCGCCGCCUCCCCUCUCCUCCCCCUCCCGUCCCUCUGCCAUCUCUCCCCCCCUCGUCUCCGCCGGCCCUGCGGAGGACGCGAGGGUCCCCAGCGGCUUCUUCAACGCCUUGGCGGCGGGAGGUGGCGGUGGCCAAACGCUGGCGAAGCCGAAGGAUGGCACGCCCGACACGGUUAUCGGCUGGAGUGGUCUUCAUCUCGCUGACGGCGAACUGGGGAUCGACACCGUGAAGCUUCAGAACGUGAGGGUCCAGGCCACCGCGAACGCGUCGGAGGGCAAGGUCUGGAAGCUUGGCGGCAGGGUGCGCGACCUCGGCAUCAAGCUGCCCCCGUCCUUCCAGCCCAACUGGGAGGCGAAUUGGCCGGGCUCGAACGCCAAGCUGACGCCCAGCGGCGACCUCGUGAUCGCGAAGACCUCCGACUUCGGAGACGAGGGCAUGACCUUGAAGCAGACCCCGCCAAAGGCCGAGGGCCUCGUGGAGGAGCCGAUGUCUUCCAGACCCCGGAAGG